AUGUUCGAAGGAGUGCAUCCAUUUUAUAUGGUCAUCGAACCUGACGGCAAGGCUCACGGAGUAUUUAUACUGAACAGUAACGCCCAGGAGGUCACGACAGCGCCAGGCCCUGCGGUAAUCUAUCGGACGAUUGGAGGAAAUUUAGAUUUGUAUUUCUUUCCGGGACCAUCUCCUGAAGAAGUUACUCAACAGUACUUAGCCCUUAUUGGGACGCCCGUUCUUCCAGCAUACUGGGCGUUCGGAUUCCAAUUAUCGCGCUAUGGUUACGAAAAUUUGGAUCAUCUGAAGGGAAUUAUUAAAAGAAAUAGGGAAGCUGGUGUUCCUUUGGAAACGGUUGUAGUUGAUAUUGAUUAUAUGGAGCGAUAUAAAGAUUUCACAGUUGGAGAGGGAGCCCGAUUCAUAGAAUGGGAGCGUCACGACCAAGUGAUGCGCUCUAUUCAGGUACCACAUGAUGGCAUUUGGAUUGAUAUGAACGAGCCCGCUAAUUUUGGUACCAAUGAGAAUGAACCAUGGUAUUUUGGAGAAGGCGACCAUCCCAACGCAGAACAGCUGUGGUGCCCGUCUGGUUCGGUGGAUAAGGAAUGGGAAGUGCCACCAUAUCAGACGCACUCAGUUUAUUACUACAAAAAAGUAUCGACCUUGGCUUCAAAAAUCGAAUGGAGCUUGGCUUCAAAAACGCUGUGCAUGACCGCAGUACAAGGGGAUGGAAAGCUAAGGUUCUACGAUGUGAAAAACCUUUAUGGCUGGAGUGAAGCGAAAGCAACUCUGCAGGCUCAACAUACAGCAAUGGGAAAAAGAGGAGUCGUGAUUUCACGGUCAACUUUCCCAUCAGCUGGUCGAUACGCAGGACAUUGGUUAGGAGACAAUGCGGCCACUUGGGAAGAUCUUCGCUCUUCCAUCAUAGGUGCUUCAGAAUUCAACAUGUUUGGAAUACCGUAUAUUGGAGCAGAUAUCUGUGGCUUUCAUGGAAAGCCUUCUGAAGAGCUCUGUCUACGAUGGCAACAGUUGGGAGCAUUUCAUCCAUUCAUGAGGAAUCAUAAUGUGAAAAAAGGAGAGCCGCAAGAUCCAGCACAAUGGCCACAAGUGGUUGAGGCGACGAAGAAGGCUGCUUUCUUCCGCUACAAAUACUUACCGUAUCUGUACAGUUUGCACUUCAUUGCCUCAGUGAAAGGAGGCACUGUUAUCCGACCAAUGUUCUACGAAUAUCCCGGUGACAAAUCCACGUACGAUUUAAGUUACCAGUUUCUAUGGGGACCAUCGAUGCUCAUCGCUCCUGUAGUAUAUGAGAAAGCAAAAUCGGUAAAAGUCUACAUACCCAAAGAUGACUGGUUUUCGGUAUACGAUGAUCGCUACUACGGUCGUGCAUUCAAUAGCGGCUUUCAGGAGUUCCAAGCUCCAACAACAUCGCUUAUUCCUAUUUUCGUCAGAGGUUGUUUUAUAGCUUUCUGGCCACGGUUACACUACCACCUUAGAAAAAUACGUGGCUCUAUUUUACCUCGCCAAGAACCGAACAGAACAACUUCUGCGUCUCGAAAAAAUCCUUUCGAGCUCUUGAUUGUGCCAUUCACGGGAGGCAGUAAUAAAGGUAAGGCUGAAGGAGUUCUUUAUUGGGAUGACGGCGAAAGUGUGAUAGAGUCGUUCGCCACGCACAACUACUAUCAGUGGUCAUUCAAGUACCAAAAGACUAACAAAGGUGGACGUCUGGUGAUCAAAACGGAGAGAAAAGCUGUGAGUUUUGAGCGCUGUCGAACAAAAUGA